GUGACCAUGCUGCAGCCCCUCCCGUGGGCCAUCCCACCUCUAUCCCCGCAGAAGAGCCGCGUGAAGGAAGGCCUGCUGGAGCUGAUGCUGCUGCAGAAUGCACACAUGCACCAGCUGCUUCUGACUGGCCAGGUGACAGCAGCACUCAACCCCUGGCCUGCCUGGCCCCGCCCUCAGGUCUACCUGGAGGAUCAACAGGAGGAGUGUGAGGAGGAGGAGGAGGAGGAAGAGAUGAGGGUUCACGAAGAAGGCCCUUUGGUGUUCCACCAUCACUACCUGCCCUGCCCAAUGCCCGAUCUGGUAGCCCUGCUCCCCUGGCCAGCUCCUCUCAUUUCCUCUCCCCUCCAUCAGUCCUACUUGCAGGACACAGCCAGGGUUCAGCACCGUCCUCCUGCCUCUGGGAAAACGCGGAUGCGAGCUGUGCCCCCACCUCCACCCCCUAGUGCCACAGAGACUGUGGGUGCAGAUGUACCCCCGGCUUCAGACUACUAUGAUGCCGAGAGCCUACCGUGA